AUGGAGUUCGCCAAGGGCGGGCUCAUUGAAAGCAUCAAAGAUGCACUUGGCCCCAAGGCCACCUCCACGAUUCAUGCAAGGGCCAGCCCAGUGCUGCAGUAUAUUCAGUUUUGCAAAGACAGAGGCAUUGAACCUUUUCCGCUGGUUGAACACACAUGUUAUGACUAUGUGAAGUCGUGUGAAGGCAGGGCGGCAACUUACACUAGAUCGUUUCUGUUGUCGUUGAGCUUCGCGAACUAUCACUUCGGCGUACAAGGUGCAGAUGUGGUCUUAGGUUCAUCGCGGAUCCGUGGACUGGUGAACACGUUGUUUGCUCAGAAACGCAAAUUGGUCCAAAGACCGCCUUUGACAGUGAAACAGAUUAUGCUGCGCUUCAGCGAUGGUCAACAGAUUUGCCAACUGACUCUGGACCAGCAAGACGAUGGUUUUGGGUUCGUCGAAGCCUUGGCCGCCAAAACAAAGACAUCGGUGAGCUUGGAUCGGAAGACUAGGCACUUGCCAGUAGCAGUUCCGUUGUUGACUUUCGGUGACACGCAAUGGUUGCCUACUUGGCUUGAUCUCAGACAGAAGGAACUGGGAGCACAGGCCAACAGCAUAGACGAGUUCAUCCCGCUGCUUCCCUCGCCGACGAUGAAGGGAUGGUCCAAGAUGCCGCUGGGAGUGACUUCUGGAGCGAACUGGCUGAGGAGCCUACUUCAAGGUGUUGAGCCCGAGAAGGGAACUCCGGUUGGGACGCAUUCACUGAAAGCCACGCUGCUGUCAAUGAGUGCGAAGUACGGCAUGAACCACGGGGUUAGAAAACUCCUUGGAUACCACGCCGGAUCCAAAAAUCAGAGCGUGCUCUGCUACAGCCGGGACGCUAUGGCGGAGCCCUUGAGACAGAUGUGCCAGAUGAUACAAGAGGUCAAAGCUGGGAGGUUCCUUCCCGAUUGUUCCCGAUCUGGACGUUUUCCUGCUGUGGCCGAGUCCGAGAUUCCGAAAGAGCAAGACGAGCUGAGCGAAUCUUCAUCAUCUGGUUCCGAAAAUGAAGAGGAAGUUGAUCAUGUCCAGGAGGAAGCUGCAUGCGCCUCAGUGGUGGGAACUUGGCGUCCCUCCAAAGACGAACGGCUGGAGACGGCAAUUUUCGCGCGGCACAAGGUGUCGCGCUGCAUUCAUGCCUUUGCCGACGAGUCUGGAAUAGAGUUCACGCGCGGUCGCAAAAUGGCCAACACGUAUGAGGUGCUGAGAACUUUCGUCGCCAUGAGCUACGGAGACAGCAAGGCUGUUUUCGCGCAGAGAUGCAAGGAGAUUGGCCUAGAUGAUGCGGUGACCUCAAAGAUCAUAUCACACGGGUUAGACACGAUGUCAAAAUUUGCCUUUGCUUCCAACUUCCAACCUGGAGCCACAGAUGAAACCCCAUUGGUGAACUUGACCAAAGACUUCCUUGGCAAGUCACCUACUACAGUUGAGAUGUCAUGCAUUCGCAGACUUUUCAGUGAGAGCUACGCCAAUGUGGCGUCUGACAUCAAAAGCAGGGUUGAAGCCAGUGACGACACUCCUGCUCGCAGGUUGGCUCCAGCAGAACGUGCAGAACGGUUGAAACAACAGCAACGUCGACUGAUUGGAGUGAACAUCUCAGGACCAUAUGAACCAGGUGAUGCAUUGGUGGAUCGUUGCAUUAGCAUUUAUGAGAGCGACAGAAUUCAGUACAUACCAUGGGAUGUUUGCACCAGUCGCGAACAUGAGAUACUGCAUGGUUCCAAGAAAGACCAAUCCUUAACCUUUGACACAAGUGGUGCCUUGAAGUUGCAACGUCAGACGAAGGUGGAACCGUGCAGCACCGCCUCAGAGAUUCAAGUCAGGUAUUGUCUGACCAGGCGGGCACUGGCCCUUGAGCAGGCAAAUGUUGUCGGGUUCGCCAAGAUGGAGGCUUGGAGUGAGAAGAUGAUGCAAACUCGUUUGGAGGAUCCUCCACCAAACCAUGUUCGAACCACUAUGAAACAGUUGGAAAUGGCAGAUCGCAAGUUGUUCGUGCUCAUCAGUGAACGUACUCGUGAAGGCAUCAAACCAUCACCGGCAGGCAGACCUGUUGAUGCAGUGAUCAAAGAUUGCAUGGAAAGCUCUGAAGUUUUGACACUCCUGCAACCGUCACAAGAAUUUUUGCUUGGGUUACCAAACCUGAACUAUCGAGACCAGCAGCGUGUGGUGAGCGCAAAUGAAAUUUACCGUUUGUGCGGCAUGCGACAAUUGAUUUCUGAAUAUUUGGCAACACCAUCCGUGCUUUUGCGCAACAUCCCCAAGACCGACGACAAGGGGUGCAUCGCCCGCGCACUUCCGAACAUUCCAGUCGGAAGCCGUUUGCUGAGAACUGAAGAAAGAGGGGGGUCCUUUCUCUGUGUUUUUGGAAUCUAUCGAUCACCUGAGGAAUUCACAAACGUGGCCAAACAGUUGUGGCAUCCCUUCGACGAACUGAGAAAUUUGCCCGAUGAACUCGUCCGCACUAUUUACAGCCAGCUGACCUCAUCACCUUCACAGGUCACCAGAAAGCGAAUCACAAUGCUGAACGAGUGGACGACCAGAGCCAAGGCACUGCGAGAGUUGGAGACUGAACUUCACAACCUUAUGGAGCCUGACAUUGGUCGAAUCAUGAAACCAAAAAGGAUUCUGCUCAUGCGAUCGAUCGCAGAAGAGAUUGGGUGGCCUGACAUGACAUUGUUUGACGAAUUCACAACUGGCUUCAAAAUCACUGGACAGACCACAGUGGCCGGUAUUUUCAAACAAGGCAUCACCAUGGCAACAUUGACGACGUCACAGCUUGAACAGAAAUCGAAGUUCCUGAGACCCAUGAUUCUGGGGCGAUCGAAACUGACGUGUGAAAAUGACAUCCAGAAGGAGUUGUACGAGAUCACGUUGGAUGAAGCUGUGAACAAAGGCUGGCUCGAAGGCCCGUACCAACCUGAAGAGAUUUCGCAGACGCUUGGAAAGGACUGGAUUCCGGUUCGACGAUUUGGAGUUGUUCAGAAGAAGAUCCGUCCCAUUGAUGAUUUUAAGGAGAACAAUGUGAACCUCACCCAUGCAAGCGUGGAAAAGAUAGAACUGAGAACCAUGGACCAUGUUUUGUGGUCUGUCUUCACGCUGGUGAAGUUCUUGAUGUUUGAGGGGCGAAUGGAGCUGCGCCUGAAGAGCGUAGACACCCUGGCGGGAGAAGUUCACACUGAAUGGAAGGCGGUGGAACCUGUAUUCAAAACAUCGUGCAUCGAUCUAAAAUCUGCAUACAAGCAACUUCCGCUACACCGCGAUGAACGCAAACACGCAGUAGUGACUUUGUGCAAUCCUGAAAACGGUUCAAACGAAUGCUUCGUGAUGAAAGUUCUGCCAUUCGGUGCGGCGGCCAGUGUGCACCAUUUUCUCCGAACCAGUGCUUUCAUACAAGCGGUGGGGAGACACUUGGGGUUGUUGUGGUCGGCAUUCUUCGAUGACUUUGUGUUAGUGAGCCACUCCAUGCACGAGCAAAGUUCAAUGACCUCUUCACUGGCCCUGCUUGAAUUGUUGGGGUUCGCCUACAGUGAAGACAAACUGCAACCGUUCCAGGAGGUCACCGAAAUGCUUGGAGUGGAAUUGGACUUGAGAGAGACCGGACAAGGUCGCGUGAAAGUUCGAAACAAGUUGAGCAGAACCAAAGAGAUGAACGACAUCCUCACUGACAUACUUGAAUCCGGAAAGAUGAAAGUGGCACAACUACCCUCGGCGCUCGGAAAACUGCAAUUCGCUGAAGCCCAGUUGUGGGGCAGAUCUGGACGAUUGGCGCUGGCUGACUUGAGAGAGCUCGAGAAAUUUGACCAGAAGUUGGCCCGCCUUGACGAGCGCGCCUUAAGCGCUGUGACGAGAUUGCAGAAGAAACUCUCGAAUGGGAAGCCUCGAACCUUGUUCAUAUCCAAGCG